CGUCAGACGCUAGCCGCGAGACGGGACGUGCGGUUGGUCGCGUAAGUUUAUAACACGUUACCGACGCCAAGUAUCACAGGUCGUUUCGAAACGUUUUUGUUUGGUUUUGUUUUGUUUUGUUUUGUUUAAAAAACAACAAGAACAACCUUCGUUUUUCCGAGUAAAUUACGGCGCGAUGAUCGGUGCCAUUCACCGGACGCCCUCCAUUUCCCCAGCUCAUGAAUAUUAAACAGAUUUAGGAGGGAUAAGUUCGGUCCCUUGCUCCAGCGCGGCCACGUUCAGCAUCCAACAGGGCAACAUCUCGCGUCGCUUUCAUCAGACUCGAUCCGUCGGCGACUGGCGUCGGUUUGAUUUGGGCUGGAACGUCUCUGACUUUUGAGAAGAAAGAAGAAAAGAAAAGAAAAAAAAAUGGCUUUGAGAGGACCUCUCUUCCGUCUUCUCAGGACUCACCUCAGCCACACUUGCCAACAAAGCAGAGCCCAGUCCGUGGCUGUGCUAGGCGCUCCGUUUUCAAGAGGACAGAAAAGGAGAGGCGUGGAGCACGGCCCUAAAGUCAUCAGGGAUGCGGGGCUCAUCGACAGGCUUUCCGGGUUAGAUUACUCUGUCCACGACUUUGGAGACCUUAACUUCCACCAACUUGAGAUGGACGAACCCUACAUGGAUGUGAAGUUCCCUCGCACUGUGGGUGCAGCAAAUAAGAUGCUGUCUGGGGCAGUAAGCAGAGCUGUCGGUGCUGGACACACCCUCGUCAUGCUUGGAGGUGAUCACAGCCUUGCUAUCGGAUCAGUGAGUGGCCACGCCCAGCAGUGUCCCGACCUGUGUCUCAUCUGGGUUGAUGCUCAUGCAGAUGUGAACACGCCCAUGACCUCUCCAUCAGGAAACCUCCACGGCCAGCCUGUGGCAUUCAUGCUCAAAGAGCUGCAAGACAAGAUGCCAAAUAUCCCAGGGUUCUCCUGGACGAAGCCAUUCCUCUCCUCCGGGGACCUGGUUUACAUCGGUCUGCGGGAUGUCGACCCCGGAGAGCACCAUAUCCUGAAGAACCUGGGUAUCCAGUACUUCACCAUGAGGGAUAUUGACAGACUAGGCAUCCAAAGGGUGAUGGAAGUCACUCUUGACCAUCUUUUGGCAAGAAAACAGCGACCGAUCCACUUGAGCUUUGACAUCGACGCAUUCGACCCGUCUCUGGCCCCUGCCACGGGAACACCAGUGAAUGGAGGUUUGACCUACAGGGAGGGAAUCUACAUCACAGAGGAAAUCCAUAACACAGGCCUGCUGUCAGCCAUGGACCUGGUGGAAGUCAACCCUAUACUAGGGGCCAACCCCGAAGCCGUGGAGGCCACUGCCUCUUUGGCGGUUGACGUCAUUGCGUCGGCCCUUGGACAGACGAGAGAAGGGGCUCACGCGUCCAUCGAUGAGAAUCCAUCCGUGAAGGACGACACAGAGCAGCUUCGCCUCUGAGAGCAUAAAGCGAAGCUAUGAACUUUAUCAACAUCAUCCCUGAGCAUUCCGCAAUUUUGAAUACAAGACUGCAAAGACUAAAUCUAAAUAUAAGCUUAAGUUUUGAACUUUUUGUUCCCAUCAUUUUGCUGUUUGGUAUAUUGUUUAACCAUGAAAAAAAAAAAAGUCUAGAUUUAUAAAACCUGUGGCUGGAGCUUUACAGAUUUGUGGAUAAAGGUUCAAAUAGAUAAAUCUGAGACAAAAGCCUUGGACAUAAUUUAGAAACUACUACACUUUUGGUGGAAACAAUGCUCAUUUUAAACAGCAAUACUAACUUAUUUUGCUCCUGUAUGUACAGUUAUAAGUUAAGUGUUAGAGGAUGCAGCUGCCAUGUAUUUAUUAUGUGGUUGGUUUACAAGAGAAUGAACCUGCCUCAGAGGUAUGAUAAACUAAGUCUGAUUUAGUUUUAAGUCCGCAGUCUUAAUACGGACUCUCAAAACUGUUCUGUGGCUGUGCUAGUUAGUACAAACUAGUAAUGAUGUGUUUGCACUUUUUGACCAGGUGUGGUUACUGUAUUUUGUUUAGAGUUUACUUUUGUAUCUACACCAUGAACCUAGCAGUAUAUGUACUAGAAUUUCCUGCGUGUAAAAAUAUUUACUGACUGCAUCAGUAUUAUUUGGCUUGAAAACUGUAAUAUCCAGCUUUGCUCGCAAAUGCUGGCAAAAAACAAUUAUUUGCAUAAUUAAUCUGGAUUUACUGUCUGGUCUGUAUUUGACUUGAAUGACUUUUCCUUGUAACAGAGUUUAUAUUUUGGUCUUCCAUAAAUGUGAUUACAUUUUU